UGGGAGAAGCGCUGCCUUGUGCUGCAAGCAAGGGGUAGUAUCCGGGGUGGGCUCGACUGUUCAAGGUCACCCUUGCACGGAGGCAGGGCAGCAAGCAAGCACCUGGGGUUGUGCGUCAACCACCUGGCGGCAGCUGAAGGCAUCUCUCCUCGUGCUGCAUCGCCUGCCUUCUCCUUGCAAUGUCGCUGCUGCUCGUUUCACUUCUCCCUCUCUCUUUGCACGUGCUUGCACUCCCUUCCCCUUGAAAUCAAUGCCAUUCUUUGGCCUGACUCACAUGCCACAGACCCCUCCACUUCAGGUGCAGGUAACCCUCUCAGGUGCAGGUACCCUUCCCCCCCUAGGUGCAGGUUACCACCCCCCCCCCCAGGUGCAGGUACACCCCUCAGGUUCCCUUGGGGUCUGUGGCUUGUGGCCGUGGCUCCACCAGUGGCCCUUCCCUUGUUCUUCCAGCCUUGGCAGUUUCCAGGCCGUGGCUUGUGCUUGCUGCCAUGACAUGCACACUGACCACUGCCGUGUGUGUGCAUUGCAGGUGGAGGGGAGGGGCGUGGGAUCAACACCGACAUUCCCUCAGGCCCCUCCCCUGUGGCCGUGCAGGGACGCACACGGGAAGUCUGGGAGGAGUACUGCUUUCUGCGGCAAGGGAGAGUAUCUGGGGUGGGCUCGGCUGUUCAAGGUAAGCCCCUUUCCUUCUGCUGCAAUGCCUGCUCGCUCACUUUCUGGUUGAAUUUUGUGAUUGGCGCUCCCUUCCCUGCACUCACUUCUCUCUUCUCCCUUCCUCCUCACCAACCCCUCCCCCUCCCUCCUGGCAGGUCACCUGGCAGCAAGUGAGAGCGGUGCAGCAGAGCCUGUAGCUGAGCGCGGUGCAGCAGCAGCAGCAACUGCGGCAGCAGCACUAGUGGAUCCUGAUGCAAGGGAGACCUUUCACAUUGACCGCCCAUCACCACUCCCCACCACCAGCACCGGCCCCAUCACAGCUUCUCACCUGGUGCCACAGCCCCUGCCCCUCUGGCAGUGAUGCUGAGCAGUGCUGGCUGGCAGGCUGUGCUCAUCCCUUUCACACACAGUGCCAUUCAUCCAUCUUAUGCACCCACACAGCCAC